CGUCUUCAUACGAAUCAAUCCCUCUCACCAGAAAAGUCUUCCACUUCAUCUGAGCCUCGCUUGGUCGCGUCUACCUUCCCCUUUCUCUCUCUCUAUAUCUACGUACUUAUAUACAGACGUAUAGUUGUCUUACUUUGGGUGGUGAAACGAACUAUAUAUCGAAAAUGGGGUUAUGUUUUUCUCGGAAGAGGCCGGUGAAGAAGAAACCUUCGAAUUCGAGACGGAUAUCGAACCAACAAUCAACUACAGGUGGUGUCGGUGGUGGUGGUAGUGGUGGUGGUUCGAGCAAUCGGUGGAGUCGGAUUCGAUCGUCGAAGAAGGAAGACUCCACAAUUCACGAGAGAGCACUAGCGGCGGCGAUUCUGUUUCAGCAGCAGCAGAACAGUGGUGGAAAUGGUUCGAUGGCGUUUGAUCGGUCGAAUUCGUUGCGGUAUUAUAGUGGGAACUCUAAGAAGAGUCAAGCGUUGCCUCGGAGUUCGAGUUCGAGGGCGAGGUCCCUCACUGAUCCUCUGCUUCAGCCUCACCAGCUUGUUAAUCCGGAUGUAAAGCUUGAUGAUCUAGAGACCAAUCAUUUUGUCCUUGUCCAUGGAGGUGGUUUCGGUGCCUGGUGCUGGUACAAAACUAUAGCACUUUUAGAAGAGGGUGGAUUCAAAGUUACUGCCAUAGACUUAACUGGUUCUGGAAUCCAUUCGUUUGAUACAAACCACAUCACGAGCCUUUCACAAUUUGUGAAGCCACUUACUCAUUUUCUUGAGGAACUUGCUGAUGGAGAGAAGGUGAUUUUGGUAGGACAUGAUUUUGGUGGUGCAUGUAUAUCAUAUGCAAUGGAGUUGUUCCCAUUCAGAGUUGCAAAAGCUGUUUUUAUUGCGGCAGCGAUGUUGACCAGUGGACAAAGCACCCUUAAUAUGUUUUCCCAAAAGGCAGAUUCGAAUGAUCUAAUGCGACAGGCCCAGAAAUUUAUGUAUGCAAAUGGAAAUGAUCACCCUCCAACUGCCAUUGAUCUUGACAAAUCACUAAUAAGGGACCUAUUAUUUAACCAGAGUCCUGCGAAGGACAUUGCAUUAGCAUCUGUUGCAAUGAGGCCAAUGCCCUUUUUGCCCGUUUUGGAGAAGCUCUCGCUUUCUGAAGAGAAAUAUGGCUCUGUUAGACGGUUUUACAUAGAGACUACAGAAGAUAAUGCCAUACCCAUUGAGCUACAAGAGAGUAUGAUUAACAAUAGUCCUCCGGAACGGGUUUUUGGUCUUAGAGGUGCUGACCACUCUCCUUUUUUUCCAAGCCUCAAGCACUACAUAAACAAUUGGUGGAGAUAUCAAGGAUUGCAUUAUCUUAGAGUAUUUGCUUGAAGUUUUUGGAACUCUUUCCCUUCAUUCCUAGAUUUCUACUGACAUAAGCAAUGGAAGUUUCAUACAUUCACGGGCAUAUUGGCCUCCACUGAUUACAUGAAUUGCUUCAGUUAUCUAUUCAGUAAGCCAUCACUUGACGACGUAGAGCCCAGAUUUGCCAUUCCUCUUUUACAGAGCUGAUGUUUCUCGCGAAUGUUUCCUAGCAGACCUCAAUCACCUGGAAUGAGGCAUAGUUUGUGUGUACAGGCGAUGAGGUGAUCAUGAAGGGGCUGUGGGAAUUAUGCCAAUACCCUAGUCCCAACUCUCCGCUUCAUUUUAAGCAUAAUAAGAUCAAGUUUAACUAUCUAAUUCAGAACAACUUCCAGCAGUUCUGCUUGUUGAUUGAAAAGAGGAGAUUUGCUUGAUGUAAGUCUGUUCAUCUUCGGAAUUAGGGUCGAGAUUUAGAGAUUGAUUUUCUUAGCAAAUUAGCCCAUGGUUCAAGAUUUGGCUGAAUCACUGGCCUUGGAGUUUACAUGUGGUUUGACCUUUGAAUUCAUGUAUAUGAAGGGCCGAAAAUUAGUGUCUAUUCCACAUGAAUAGACAUAAUAAUAAAGCAAUUCUAAAUCAG